AUGUCAGGAGAAAAGAUCCUCGAAGGCGUCUUCGCCGUCCACAAGCCCCAGGGCGUGACCUCAGCCGACGUGCUCCGCACCUUACAGAAACAUUUCAACCCCUCCAAGACUUUCAAGCCAUGGCUCGACGAGGAGAAAGCCCGCCGCGACCGUGAGAGCCAGUUCCAGAAGAAGCGCCGCCGUCAUCCCAAACGAUGCGAGGUCAAGCUCGGACACGGCGGAACUCUCGAUCCGCUUGCGACAGGUGUACUCGUCGCCGGUGUUGGCAAAGGCACAAAGUCACUGCAGGACUUCCUCGGCUGUACCAAGUCCUACGAAACAAUCGUGCUCUUCGGUGCCGAGACAGACUCCUACGACCGACUGGGCAAGAUUGUGCGCCGGGCGCCAUCAUGCAACGACCCCCCUAUAUUUUCGGCGCUGCGAGUGGAGGGAAAGAAACUCUAUGAAUAUGCGCGGGAAGGCAAGUUACCACCAGUCGAGAUUAAGGAGAGACCCGUGGAGGUUAUCAGUAUGGAUAUCGUGGAGUGGUACGAGCCUGGGACCCACGACUUCAAGUGGCCCGAGGAGGAAAUGACUGGCGAUGCCAAGAUUGUGGCCGAGAAGCUUCUCGACAAGGAAUCUGCAUUGUCCACUGCUUCAGAAGGCGAGACUGCCAAGCAAGAGUCGUCAAACAAGCGAAAGUCACCCCCUGCGGCUGAUACGACCGAGGAUGAUCAAGAAGCGGGCAAGAAGCAAAAGGUCUCUGAGGAUGGCGCCGCACAGACCGUGUCCACCGAGACUGCCGUCCCGGAGCCAGCUACAAAAGAGGCUCCUACCACAGAAGCUGAACAGCCCAAGCCUCAACCGGCAGCCGUGAAGAUUAGUAUGACUGUCACAUCUGGAUUCUACGUCCGCUCGCUGGCACACGAUUUGGGCAAGGCUGUUGGCAGCUGCGGCCUUAUGAGUGAGCUUGUACGGAGUCGCCAGGCUGACUUUGUACUGGACUCCGACAAAAUCCUGGAAUAUAAGGAUCUGGAGGCAGGCGAGGAGGUUUGGGGUCCUAAGGUGCGAAAGUUCUUGGAGGACUGGGAGGCCAAGAGGGCAGCCAAGGCAGAGGCUGAAGGUCAACAAUAG